GACGCAUAAGGGUGGCCGCCGGUGGAGGAGAAGGAGGAAAAGGUGGAGGUCUUGGUAAACAUUUAGAGGAAACUUCUAAUCUUUCUUCCAACAUCUGAUGAGAUUGGCCAAUGAACAGAUCAGCUAUGUCUUAUACUCCAGGAAUUGGUGGAGACCCAGCUCAAUUAGCUCAGCGCAUCUCUUCUAAUAUUCAGAAGAUCACACAAUGUUCUGGGGAAAUACAAAGGUCUUUGAAUCAACUUGGAACACCACAAGACUCACCUGAAUUGAGGCAACAACUGCAGCAGAAGCAACAGUAUACCAACCAACUUGCCAAAGAAACAGAUAAGUACAUAAAAGAAUUUGGAUCUCUGCCCACCACCCCAAGUGAACAGCGUCAAAGAAAAAUACAGAAAGAUCGUCUUGUUGCUGAAUUCACAACAUCACUAACAAACUUCCAGAAGGUCCAAAGACAGGCUGCUGAAAAAGAAAAAGAUUUUGUUGCCAGAGUCAGAGCUAGUUCCAGGGUUUCUGGUGGUUUUCCUGAAGAUGGUUCUAAAGAUGGGAAACUUGUGUCUUGGGAAAGUCAAACUCAAACACAAACUCAACUGCAGGAUGAAGACAUUACGGAAGAUGAUCUCCGCCUUAUUCAUGAGAGGGAAUCCUCUAUUAGGCAACUUGAAGCUGAUAUUAUGGAUAUAAAUGAAAUAUUUAAGGAUUUAGGAAUGAUGAUUCAUGAACAAGGAGAUGUGAUAGACAGCAUAGAAGCCAAUGUAGAAAAUGCUGAGGUACACAUCCAGCAGGCAAACCAGCAGCUGUCAAGAGCUGCAAAUUAUCAGCGCAAGUCCCGAAAAACCCUGUGCAUCAUCAUUUUUAUUGUUGUCAUUGGACUGGUAAUUCUUGGAGUCAUCAUUUGGGGAGCUUUGAAAAGUAAUUAGAAGGACGGCAUUGUUCCACUACACCAUCUAAAUUAUGUAGGAAAAUUCCUAUAAUUGUAGUUUUUAUCAUUGUAUAGCUGUUGAGUAAAUGAUGGUUUCCAUCCUUUGUCAUUUUUAUUUGAGGGAAAGUUUCCUUUGGUUUAAAUACAAUGUUUUCUAAUAUUGAAACAUUUUCUAAAUUUGCUAUUGUAGUCUUCAGAUGAACAGUUAUUGAAUUUUGGUCCAUAUGCAAAUUGACCCAUUAUUUGAGUUGUUGAUUCUUAACUUAGUUUUUUUGUUAUUAAAAAUUCUUCUUCUGUAUGUACAUCUCUAUUGCCAUAUAUACAUACUUGUACCUAAUUUUCUUUUGGCCCAAGGAAAAUAUUCAAUUUUGUUUUCUUUUCAGAAUAGUGAAGAAAAUAUUAUCACACAACUUAAAAAAUUGGUUAACAUAUCUCUGUGCUCCUUAGUUCAAGACAUAAGUUGCCAGUAUAUUCUUUCUUAAAUGAUACAUUCUUUUGAUACUUAUAUUUGACCCUGAAAAACAAUAUAUGGACAUGUUGUUAAUUUGUCUCAUACUUCUGGUGUGUAUUUAUUAAGCAUUUGCAAUAGCGUGCCUGGUAAAUACCUUUACAGUGAAGGGCAGUGGUGAUUACAUAGACCAUAUUUAGCUCUUAAGUCUAUUUGGAAAAGUAUAAUCUUUGUAUAUGUUUACUGUGCAUUUGGAGAAAAACUAUGAAAAUGCUAUAGCUAAUAAUUUUUGGAUUCCAGAGAGCUCAACUUGCUGUAUGACUGACUACCCUGAAAACAACCCCCAAGUUUUUUGGUGGGUUCUUAUUUAUCUUCCCUCAUACCUGGCUGGGGUGUGACUAUUUUCAUGGAUCAAAAUUGCUGUUGAUAAGUAACACACUGACAAGUUUACCCCAGUUUAAUUGUUUUGUUUUUUCUUGUUUGUGCCAUUUUGUACCAUCCUUUUAUUAGAAUGGGGAUUGAGUGUUUUGCCAAUGAACCCACUAGCCUUUUUAAUCAAUGUUGUUUUAGUGCAAUUAUCUGAAAUAUUGUAAAGUGAAUACUUUCAAUUCUGAUUCUGUAUUUUAUAAUAUUCUUGUACAGCAGUUUAAUAGUGAAUGCACUGUUUACAUGACAAGCUAUGAGACUUUAAUUGGAAACAAAUAAAAUUAACUAAUUUAGUGAAAUGUAACUAUGCAGCCAAAAUAAAUAUAAUUUAAAUUGUG